CGCGUGAGUAUUGCGAUUGCUUUGCAAGCGAAGCGCGCGCGCGCGAGCGAGCAAACGAAGCCGCGAUAAGGGGGGAAAAGAUCGUGUUGUGCGAUUAACAGCGCACGUGUGCAAACCGCCGUGUGUAAAUCACCGACGUGCGUAACACAGCGUUAGAAACGUUGAUUUGUAUGAACGUUAAUGGACAACCGCAAACGAUAAACAAGUGUUCCGCAGUGCGGAAUACGUCGCGUGGACACCGAAAGUCCCCGGCGAGAGAGGGCCAAUCACGGGUAGGAAGACAAAGGGCCAAUUCUGUUCGUGUUGUGUGUUGUCGAUCGACAGACUCAGGUGAAGCCGGGUGAGCAGUUCCGACGAAAAAAACAAUAUCUCCGUCUGUAUUUUACGGAACCUUCGUCGGCGAACGAAAACAGUGCACCGUAUACCAACUUUGUUAGGCAACAACAACACUGGAUACCAAACAGAGGAGAAGCGGCAGCUGGUCGUUCGUCGAAAGAUAGACGGUGGAACGGAAGAAGAGAGGGAGAAAGCGCGAGAGGAGGUGCGCGCGGACGGAGGAGGCAGCGAAGACCGGGCGACGCGGAUCCAGAUUUGCGUCGAACAGAAUUACUGGUUACCGAGUAUCUUAAUUACCAGCGGGGCAAACUGUGCCGCGAGAUAAUUUUGUUCGUUAGAAACUUCUAUCUCUUUCUCCGGAGAAAGAACGUCCUUUAAUUUCUGCGGGGAGAGCCGUCGACCGACGACUUUUAACAAAAGCGACUUUCUCCGUCAUCUCCGUCCCAAGGACAAUAGGGUCGGUAUCGCGCGUCCGCGCGUUAAUCACUGGUUGAACAGCUAAUAAGUAUCGAAAGUCCGUCUCAAGUCUUUUCGAUUAUGUUCGCGUGACGAUCGUAUCUUCGAGUUUCACGUCGCGCGAGUGCUUAACGAACCGAGAGUAAACCGCCGAGAGAGAGUGUUACACUUUACACCGCUUCGUGUGGCGAUUAUCGUCCAAGUGCUGUGACAAACGCGGUGACAAACAAGUCUUGACGGCGGUGGGUAUCAUUAAUGUCGCUGUAGCGCGAGGGACGCAUAAUUAGUCGCGAGUUGUCUCGCAUUGUCAAGCGCGGAAAAUGAAGGUCACUCUUUGAAACGCGUCACUCUUUUUAUUUUUAUUUUUAUUUUAAGGAAAGAAGAAACGUCCCUCGCGACGCUUUCUCGCUGUUACAUCAGCAGAUAUUUCGACUUACGUCAUUUCAGACUUCCUCGACGUUGUUCGCGAAGAAACGAAUCGGUGUUCUCGCAAACGAGCCAAUCAAAGCGAAAUUUUAUCUCUGAAAGAUAGCGAACAGAUCGAGAAAAAGGGAAAAAGAAAACAAGAGGAAGAGAAGAGCGAGAAGAUUGGUGUAUAUCACGCGCGUAUAUACUGCAUCGUCGAAUCGAGGACGUCAAUUUGUCCGCGAGGAAGGUUUUUUCGUUAGUUACAAGUGUAUGAACUCGCAACAGCGCGUAGGAAAUAGACUGAUAACGCGGACGCGACGAGCACGUUACCAUCGAUUGUGUCUGCGCUUUUGUCAUUCCGACGUUCUUCAUUGUCGCCGACGACGACGGUGUCGUAACUGUCCGCGUGUGCCGGAGAUGAGAGAAUAGAGAUUCCACGUGCGGAAGAUAGAUAAAAAAAAAAAAAAAUCGUUCGCACACACACACACACACACACACACACGUUUGCCUCUCGCUGCGCGAGAAAGCGCACUAAAUACCUCGCGUUCGACGAUCGUAUAAUGGAAGUAUAUUGAGAUCGCUGCAAAGAAAAGGUGAGAAAGAAGAGGGAGAAGAUCACAUCGCGCGCGCGUACGACUCUGUCUCGGGGAGACAUCGGUUAUGACGUGACGAGAGGAAAAAGUUGUGUACGCCGAAUGUACGUGUAUGUGUUGCGUGCGCGCGUGAUUCCGAGUGACGAAGACACCAUGAGGUCGUCACGAGUAAUGGUUCUGCUGCUCUUCUGCUGCAUCAUCGGCACGUCGUUCGGCGAGUCGACGCGGAGCGACCGGGAGCAGGUGGGCGAUGGAAAAGAAUCGAAACGGAACGACUGGGGCGACGAUGACGAGGGGGCCACGGAGAGCACGCGGAUCGCCGGCUGGCCAGAUGCCAGUUGCUCACAGGACAGCGUGCCAGACGAGAACGGCAAUUGCAAAUGCGCAGAUUGUCCACCUCCCAAGUGUCGACCGGGUCAACGGCCGGUGCUCGUGAAAGAAACGUUUUUUGGGAUUCCUGGCAACUGCUGCCCGCGCUACACCUGCGUUCCCUCAGAUCACCAUCACCGGGUCGAGUUGUCCUGUCCUGAGGACAGCGUCCUGACGGACGAUGGCAUCUGCAAGUGCGUCCCGACGUGUCCGCCGCCGCCCAAGUGCCGACCUGGUCAACGGCCGGUCGAGGUGCGGGCGGCCAAGCCCGAGACACCCGGUAGCUGUUGCCCCCUCCACGACUGCAGGCCCUCAGACCCGAUUUCUUGGGCGAAACCCGAGGAGAAGCCGCAGAACUGUAUUCACGAAGGCGUCUCGAGGAAACUUGGCGAAGAAUGGAAGCAGAAUGACUGCAGCACUUGCGUCUGCAACGAGGACGGGAUCGCGUCCUGCCAGAUGACCAUGUGCAAAUCCUGCGAAAACGCGAUACCGCCUGAUCCUGGCGAGUGCUGUCCUCACUGUCCACCACCGACAAACAACAGCACCUUCGAUCAGCGUUCCGGCGACACUUGCAGGCCCCUGGACGACUGCAAGAUGAAAUGUUUCCACGGCUUCCGCACGGAUGAGGAUAAUUGUCCUAUCUGCGAGUGCGCCGACGAUAUGCCGGAAGAUUACAAAGUUUGUCCGGAUCUGCCGGACUGCGGACUGAACUGCGACCUCGUUAAGGACGAGGAUGGUUGCCCAGUGUGCGCCUGUCAGACGCUGCCACAUUAUCCCGCGGCAAACGAAAGCUCGCUGGACGACAAAAGGAUCUGCCCCAAGCUCGUCUGCAGCCUCCACUGCGAACAGGGUCUCGCCAUGGAUGAGAACGACUGCACCCUCUGCGAGUGCAAGCCGCCCGCCAUUGGUUGCCCACCUCUGCUCGGGUGCAGAAAGAGAUGCAGCUACGGAUACAAGACAAACAAACGCGGCUGCUUCAUAUGCCGCUGUCGAGCUUCGUGCACGGAUCAUUUGAACGAGACGCGUCCGGAGGGAUCGACUUGGCAUCCGAACAGCUGCACCACGUGCACUUGCGAGCUUGGCGGGCGGCUUAAUUGCAAGGAAACCAUCUGCUCGGUUGCCUGCGAUAAUCCAUUGCCACCGAAACCGGGCGCUUGCUGCCCUGUGUGUCCUGUCACGACUAACAAGGAGAACGAUGCGAUCAACCAAAUUACCAGUCGGGGCUGGGGUACAGUGCCAAUUACGUUAAUCGUCGUACUUGCGCUACUGUGCCUGUUGCUGAUAAUUCACAUCGUGCGUAACCGAUUCCGCGGACGUUUGUCACCAUCGGAAACGUCGUACGCGUCGUAUCCGGCGCAAUAUUACAAGUGCGUGCCCAUGUACGACACACCGGUGCAUCAAACCAAGAAGAUCGCGAAUUUAUAAAAGACUGUUGAUCCCCCAAAGAGAGCAAUUAAAUAUAUAUCUAUAUAUACACAUAUAUUAUAUAUCGAACCGUGUGCAAAGACAAACGCGAUUUGUCGGGACUAUUUUAUACGCAAUCGCGCGGAUCUAAGGAUCCGAUUCACAGAAAUUACACAAAUGUCCGCGAUUAUGUAACAGCGUGCGUAUUAACUCUUAAACGGUGAAUCUAUUAUUUGUAAAUUACGCUUGUUCAUAAGCAAAGAAAUCCCGUAGACACGCUUCUGACUGUAUAAAAAAUUUUAAAGCUUCUAUUUGUAAAAAAACAAAAAAAAAAAACGAGAUUUUAUUAA